AUGAAGAGCUUCAGCCUUUUCGCAUUGGGUCAAGCUCUGCUCGCAGCAGCCACUCCUCAUGGCUCCGAACUCCCCGUUCGCCAAAAUGGCAAUAGCUUCGCAGGCGUAAACUCUUUCUUCCUCCAUGCUUUCAAGCAGCAGGAUCGAUUGGAAGUCCUGGACGCCAUCAAGAAUGCAAAUCUGAAGGUCCUACGAAUCUUCAUUUCGGCAACUGGCCAGAACGCCAAGAACACUGGCUCAAUCGCAAUGCCUGACAUCGAGCCCCAGACCGUAGGUGUUUGGGACGACACCCAGCUCAAAGCCAUAGAUCAACUCAUGGUAGAAGCACAAGCCAGAGGCAUCAAGCUCACCAUCGCGAUCCAUGAUCGGUACCAGCUCGGUUGCUGGGGAAGCGAUGCCUAUGUGUACAAGUACAAGCUGCCUGCAGUAGACUGCAACACUCAGCCCGCUAGUGCCAACAACGUCGAGUUCUGGUACUCGGACAAGAACUGUAUUUCCGAUUUCCAGAAUCGUAUCCGUCAUGUUCUUGAACAUAAGAAUACACUUAUCAGCGGAAGUCCCGCCUGGAAAGAUCUAAACAGCCAUAUCUUUGCGUUCAAUAUCCAGAAUGAAGGGCAGGGCCAUUUGAACAACAAUGUUCCGCCUCAUCCGUCGUGGUGGUGCGAUCGAGCUGGCUUCAUGCGGGGCAUUAUGGGUAGCAGCAAGGUUCUAAUCUCCACUGGUGGCGGUAAUGAGUUCCCCAACUCAGAUGUUGCAGAGAACUGGGCUUGCAAGGCCUUGGACCUCGUCACAAUCCACUCGUAUUCGGGCGUCAACGAAUUCAAGAACAAGGGUCCAGUUGCGCUGCAGCACGCAAAGAGCGCCAACAAGCUCAUGCUCUUUGAGGAGUUCGGUGCUACUGGGAGCAGUAAGUCUACCACGGUCGGUCAGCAUAUCGACGUGUUCAAUGGUCUUGGUGUGCCGUGGAUGCCCUGGCAGAUCAGCAAGCCUGGUAACAAGGCAAAUGACUAUGAGUUUUGGACGGAUGAGGCUACUUAUGGUGUUGUUAAGGAUGGCUCGAAUGGUGCUUUGGCAAAGGCCGCUGCACAGACGUGGUCUAUCUAG